CACCUCAAUAUAUGCUUUAAAUGUUUUUGUUCAACUUUUUCUUUCGGUAAACAUUAGGUUUUUCAGUAGGACAACCUGAAAUGACCCUUAGCUCCCACACGUCUGGUCAACAUGUCUCUUUUCUGCCAGCUCCUGACAGCAUUAAAGGCUGCCACUACAUUUCAACAGUUGGACAUUUUAAAUAUUUAGGGGGUAGAUUGUAACUAAUUGGUAUAACUUCCUUUCAUUUCGAAGAGAGCGUCUGACUUUAAAAGCAGACGUUUGGCUGCUGCUACCGAUUUUCCAACUCAUCAAUCUUAUCUGUCGUGUGGUGGAGCAAACUGAUAGAAUCUACUGUGUCACUGUUUGGAUGCACAGAUCACCUGCAGUGGAAAAAGUUACUUGUGUAUCAAAAGCCUGUUUUUUACCGGCACACGGCGUGUGGUCAGCACCUUACACAGAAGGGACCUCUGUUAAGUCUUUCUUAUUUCCAUAGAUUAACAAUGGUAAAGUUCUCAGAUUAAUUAACAAAAUAGAAGAAAAAAAAAAAGUGUCACUUGAAACGGUGUCAAAGGGAUUGUGGCGCCCUAAUUAAUGGUCAUUUAAGCCCCAGCUUUGAGUUACACAGGAGCUGCCCGUCCAACGGCUAACCCUGUUAGAGAAAUGUCAACCGCCUCAGUCUCGGGAAUGCAUGUAGCUGCUAAUGGUUGUGAAGUGGAUUACCAACACAAUGCUCAACGACUAUUUAAAUAUGAAAAUGCCUUUUUAAUUUUGUUUUUAAUUAUUAUUGUGAUUUGGGAAUCUUACCAUAGGAUGGCUGCCUCAAAUGGGAAAGGUGAAAAAGUGUCCAAAUUUGAGACAUUGAAACUUUUGGAGAAAUGCCGAAAGGAAAGAGAUGAUGCCAUGCACAGAGAAAGUGUUCUCAGAGAGAAACUCAGACAGUAUGAGUCGAGGAUUCGUUCAACUGAGGCUCUGAAACAGAAACUGAAGACCUUGACUAUGGACAACAAGGAGCUGAGGAAACAAGUGAAGACUCUUCGUAAUGAGAUUGGACUUGAAAGCGACCCUAAAUUCAAUGGUAAGACCACAAAGGACAUAAUCAAUGACUUUCAUGAAAAGGACCGUGAGUGCAGUUCCCUGGUAGAGAAGGCUGGGAAACUGAGUCGGACCAUUGAUGAUUUAACUGCAGAGUUGGCAAAUACAGUCACCUCUAAAACACUUCUAGAGGAUCAAGUGCAGUCAUUGCAGCAAAAUCUCAAGGAUAUGACGAACAAUCAACGCCGCCUGCUGAAGUUAUGGGAAGACAAGAAGGUUCAGAGGGAGCAGCUCGCCCUCCCUGCAAUUGCCCAGAAACAUAUACAGAAAUCACCCUCCCAUAAAGCAGUUCAAACUGAGAUGUCUGUCAGUUCGUCCCAAACGCUUCCAGUCAGUGCUUUUGAGACCAGGCAAGUGUCUCGGGACCAUGAUAAAAAGACAGUUUUGGAUAAACACAGUUUUCCGACUUAUGGAAAUGGAUAUCAUCAUGAAAAGAAAGCGUACAUGCAUGAUGAAACUAAAGGAAUUAAGAACUGACUUAUUGACUGACACACUCUGCAUUGAGAGAGGAAAGCAUAGCAGAUGAUAGUAAAUCCUUAUUAAUGUGUGAUAUGUCUGUAAAUAACAAAGAAAUGAGUAAAAAGAGAUACAAUUUAAAUAAUGUACAACUGAUGUAUGAAUUGUUUUGGUGCGUAGUGUAAUUUAAAUUGUGACAAUGAAGUUAUUUGAGUACUUGUGUCACUCAACCUUACUACAUAGAUCUGUUUAAGGCAACAUUUAA